AUGCCACUGGGUAUUCUCGACGACACAACUCUGGAACACAUUCCAGGCACAGCACCUCUAAAUGCCCUCGGCGACACAGCCACGUAUACUGGUAUAGACCCCGGUCUUCUCAAACAUGACCGCACUGGCAAGAUAGUGCUUGUUCCCCAGCCGUCCGACGACCCUAAUGAUCCCUACAACUGGUCUCGCACGAAGAAGGAACUCUUUACCAUUUGUUACGGAUGGGGCUGCGGAUGUGUAGGGGCGGUCGGGCCUCUCCUAGGAAGCGCCUUCGUGCCCCUCGCUGCUGAAUUUGGUGUCUCCCUGGCGACAUUCACAUCUGCCGUGCAAGGUGGAGCAAUCGCGGCAAUCGCUGUCGGUAGCCUGGUUUUCAAUUCGCUCGCAGUGAAGUAUGGGAAGCGCCCUGUAUAUCUCGGGACAACAAUUGGUCUCUUGGUUUCGUGCUUCUGGGGAGCUGCCACGACUAGUUUCCCUUCUUUUGUGGCUUCACGGGUUUUCUGUGGUCUUUGUAUGGCCCCAAUGGAGGCUCUGGUGCCAGCCUCUAUUGCGGAUGUCUGGUAUGUUGGUCUGCUCCUUUCUCAAGAGAAUCGCUUACAAUAUGACCAGGUUUGUCCACGAGCGUGGGUUCCGUACCGCGAUCUUCAAUCUCGGGGUCUUGGGGGGGGAUUAACUUGGCAGUUCCGAUCGCUAUGCUCACCAGCCUCCGCAAUCAUUGAAUAUGGAUCUUACCAUGCUGCGCUCUACGCAAUGGGUGGCGCAUUUAGUGUUCAGCUCAUUUUGAUUUUUCUCUGGAUGCCCGAAUCUGCUUUCAAGAGAGAGGCGCUAAACAUAGACACUGGCAAAACAACGGUGACACUCGAAGGCAAGCCAGACUUGGAACUAGUGGAACAUGUCUGGGGGAAUCGUACACCUACAUCCCGGUCAUCUCACUCUUGGUUCCAAGAUCUAUGGCCUUACAGCGGCUAUGUCAACCAUGUAUCUUUUUGGAAUACUCUCAUCCGGCCGUUCUAUCUACUUGGCUCUCCGGCUGUAAUUUGGGCCGUCCUUCUCUUCACGAUAUGCAUUUCAUGGCUGGUUGGCAUAUCAUUAACGCUGUCCCAGAUUUUCUCUGCGCCUCCUUAUAGCUUCUCUGUCGUCGGCGUCGGAGCGACAAACCUUUCCUCUUUUGUUGCAUCUGUUCUCGGGACCCUCACCGCGGGACCUCUCGUGGAUGGCCUCAUCACCAAGAUGUCCAAAAUGAAUGGCGGCAUAUUCGAGCCAGAGUUCCGUCUUCCGAUCAUGGUCACGUAUCUAAUAUUUACCUCAACGGGCUUCUUUGCGUGGGGCCAAGCUUCCUACGCGAAGGAUCCUUGGCCCGUGUCUGUCAUUGUGUGCCUGGGGCUUAUCAACUUUGGCAUUCAGCUUGGGACGACGGGGGUUGUUUCGUAUGUCGUUGACUGCCACAGAGAAAAGGCCGGAGAGGCAUUUGCGACAAUGAAUUUUAUCAAGAAUAUGUUCGCUUUCGGGUUGUCGUUUUAUAUCAACGAUUGGAUUGCCAUCCAGGGAGUUCGCAACUGCUUUUUCACAAUCGGUGGAAUCACAAUAGGCAUUACUCUGUUUACGAUUCCAAUGUGA